AUGGAUCCCAGGCGCGCAGGCCUGCUGUGCUUGCUGUGCAUUCUUGGCAUCGCAAUCCCGCGAUGCCACGCGGACUUGGGUGGUGCCGUGGAGCAGUGCAAGGAGCGGAUGCGGGCCCGCGGGUACGAGUGCUUCGAGGAGGGCCGCGCGGGGAUCGAUUCGAGCCCCCUGGAGGACGUCCCGAUCGGGUCGGGCAAUGCGCAGGGCGAGCAUCGGGAGAUGUGCGGCGCGGCACGGGACAUGUGGGCGGCCAACGGAAUGGGCGAGCCGGACGCGCACGACGCGAUGACGGUGCUGGCCGAUGGCACGGUGUGCGUGCGGCGGAGUGGCGCCGGGCGCAACGACUCCGAUGGUGAGAUCGCGCGAUCGACCCCGACGGAAGGGCGCAAACUGGCGGGGAAUUUCGCGGAUUCGACGCCAGCACGGCGAUUUUUGAGGGAGGCGGGGGUCGGAUCUGGCGGCAGCGGACGCGGCGUGCUGCAGCUCGGCGGGGGCGGAUCCUUCGGCGUGGAGCCCGGGCUGCCGGACACGUCCUUCGGGCGGGUGCGGGUGCCGCUAGACAGGUCGACCGACGAGCCGCUGAGGAUGGUGGGUCAGCUGAGCCUGGGCUGCUCGGCCACGCUGGUGGGCCCGUGCCACUACCUGACCGCCGGCCACUGCGUGUGGAACGACGAGACGUUCCAGCUGCGCGCGGGCAUGGACUUCAACCCGGGGAGGAACGGAAGGGAGCUGGGGAACCCGCUGGGGCGGUGGCAGGCGGUGCAGGUGCACCCCGCGACCGGGUUCGCGCUGUACGGCGACGGCACGAGCGAUGCGGCGCUGGUGCAGGUGGUGGGCACGCCGGGUCUGGAGCUAGGGUGA